AUGAAUCCAAAUUUAAAGAAGUAGCAGCCUCCGUCAUCAACAAAAUCAUCAUCAAAUAAAGUUAUAAGUACAGUUAAGAAGUCUCAAUCGAAUUAGAUCCUUUAAAAUAAUGUAGGUAAUUACCGAGCAUUAGGACCAAAAAUCCACGACUUUGCUCUCUCACCACAACAAAUGCAAUCACCAUCUGCACAACAAAACUACAAUAGCUCUGCUAACAUAAAUUAUUAAAAUAGUACCUAAAACAAUUAAACUAAUACCUAAAAUUAAUUGCUUUAGAUUUCUUUAUCAUAAUCUCAGUUUCAAUAAAGUAUUUUACCGAAUUCAACCUCGUCCUAGUUAAAUUCUAACAAGAUUGAAAAAUAAUAUGCAAGUAAUGGUUUUAGCACUCUAAAUACCUAAGUAGAUCACAAUGGUUAUGAUUCCUUAAGGAUAAACAAUAAAUCUUCUGCUAACCAGGUAGGAAACCAUGCUUAAAAUUAGCAUAAGAAAAAGAAUUCAUUUAGCACCAUUGGAUCUCCAUUAAAUAAUGCAAGCAAUAGAAGUAGCGGAUGGGCCGGAAACGGUUUAACUCCUACUAAUGCAGAUCACUCAAAUUUUAGAUAGAAUAACCACUAAAUCAGUAAUAACAAUGUAAGUGCUUUAAACAGUAACAAUAACAAUUCUAGAAAUAGCGAAAAUCAUUAGAAUGGACAGUAUUUAGACAAUUAUGAUAGCGUUUAAAGCAUGGAGUAAUUCAGUGAAGCAGAAGCAGGCUAAAAUAUAGUAGCAUUGAAGAUGCAGUUAAGAACUAUUUUUCACUUCUACACUACUUUUGGUGAUAGAUAAAACAUUACCUAUCUUAAGUCAAAUAAGUUUUACAAAAUGAUGGCUGAUGCAAACAUUAUAUCGAGCUCAUCUCCCCAUAUCAAUAUUAAUAGGUUGGAUUUGUUGUUUUGCUAAGUAAAUAAGCACAAAGCAAAUAUGAGCUUUGAAACCUUCCUUGACAUGCUUCCUUAGCUAGCACAGCUUAAAUAUCCAAAUACCUCUGCCGAAGAAGCCAUGCUUUCUCUAAUAACUAAUGAACUUAAUCCACUGUAUUUGGGAAUUAUGGAAAAAACAGAUUUAGGUCUAGAAUUAAGGAGCUUCAACUUACCGUUGGAAAUAGAAUGUAUAGAGGUGCUGACUCCUCUGUAUCCAGUUCUACAAAAAAUAUAUGAAUCUUAUUUCAAAUGGGAACCAACUAAUUCGUUGAAAAAAGAGGAUAACUACAGUAAGAGUCUGAAAGCGUUAUAUUAGUUUUUGAGUGAGUAUAAUAUUUGUCCUACUUAUUAUACAAAAAGCACAGCAUUUUUAUUGUAUAAUUUUAUUGUGGAGUUAUAAAAUCUAAAUCUUCAGUUUGGAGUUGCUGAAAGCGCUACUACAAUCUUUGGGUUCAAAGACUAUGGAAUGGUAUUCACUUUUCAGAGAUUCCUCUUGUUUUUAAUAAGAAGCUCAAUCAUUUGCUAUGAAAAUAGAAUAGAGACAUCUAAAUACGUAUGCUCUUCUCAUGUAGAAAAAUUAAACUUACUCUUAGAAAAAAUGGAAGUCUCAGAAGGUUUCUUGAAUAUUUAAAAAAAAACUCAUAUGACUAACAAUUCUCAUACUUCUCUAUUAAUCCCUUCUACUUUAGUAAUGAGACUAAGUCAAAAUAAGAGCAUUGAUUGGAGUACUCCAAGGACCAGUUAGUACUGCAGUUUCAGAUCCAAAUUGAAUUCAGGUUUAUAGAGUACACGCUAAUAGAGCUUCUAUAAUCCACCAGCUUCAGGAAGUCCUAGUAGAAAUAACUCAAACUUAAGAAAAUCAUUUUUAGCAGAAAAGCUAGGCUAAUCCUUUGCAAAUAUAAAUGUCUUCGAGAAGAAUAAUGAGAAUUUACAGAAAAUAUUUAAAUAUUAUUGCUCAUAUGGUGAACCAAUGAAUUAAGCAACACUAAAAACAUUCAAAUUAAUUCGUCUUCUCACAGAUGCAGGCAUAAUGAAGAAGCCUAAAAUUAGCACAAGUUAAAAUCAUUCAUUAAAUUUAAGUGAUAUUAAAGGCUUAAAUAAAUCUUCAACUUCAAGUCACUUGAAAGGCAGUUAUACUCCUAAUACUGCUUAGUAUUCAUCGCAUAAGUAUUCAAACAGCAUAGCUUAAGGGUCUAUAUUAGCAGGUGGAGAUGACUAUUAGAUAAAAGGAUAAAGAUAUUUGAGUAAAAUAGAUAUGGAUUUUAUGGUCGUUAAGCUAACUGGAAGCAAAUGGAUCAAAACAUUUAACUAACAAACAAAUAAAGUUUCCUAAAUUGAUCCAAAAAUAUCAUCACCAAAGCUUGGAUUCUCAAGUCAUAUGUAUAAAAACGAUGAAUCAUUAGGUGCAAAAGGUAAGAUCGAAUAUGAGCAUUUUGUAAAAUUGCUAGAAAUGAUUGCUGAAAAAUUGUACCCUGAGCUCGAAAUAGAACAAUCUCUUUAAAUUAUAGUUGAAGGUUAAAUUUUAAAGCUUUUAGAAUAAACGUAGCCAAACAGAAAAGGAAUGCACGAUUACUUAGCUAACUUGAUGGACAUCUUAAAAGACCAAGAAAUUGUUAAUUUACUAGGAGAAGUUCAUUUAAGUUUAGUCAUGUAUUACAAAAUAUAUUAGGAUUAAAAAGGAUAUAUGAAUAUCACAAAUUUCAUUAAAUUCUUUUAAGAUUUUGAUGUAUUCCCUAGUUUAGUCAGUAAAGCAAAGCUACAGGCAAUAUUUUACACAUUAGCCUAAGUGCAAGCCAAUUAAAAAAAUUCGAGAUAAAAGCAAUAAAAUGAAACAAUGCACAACACAAGCAGGGCAAGCCAAAUGUUUUUAAAUGACUCUCUGUCUUCAAAUGCUCCAGAUUAAAAUGAAACUGAAAUUAUAGAUUAGCAUCUAUUUGUUGAAGGAAUAGCUCUUCUAGCGAUAGAGAUAUAUUCAGAAAAAUAAAAAAACCUUCAUAAAAUUAUUAUGAUCUUAGAAAGAAUGAAUAGUUCUCAAGGUCCUAUCAAAAUUUAAAAAUAACUUGGUCAUACAAGGAGCCCAGAUGGACUUCAUUGGGAUAUGCUUCAUAAUAUUAGAAAGAAAUACACUGAAUUCUAUAAAGUAUCAAAUUAUGCUACAAUCUCUAAUUAGCAAAACUCAUACUAUUAGCUAGAUUAAAAUUAAUCUGUAUAAAAGAGCUUCAUCUAAAACUCUCCUUCUACAGGAAGGUUUGACGAAGUACUCAAAAAGAGCUUGAAUUCUAUCAAGAUGCAAAACUCAAUUAAUUUAAAUUUAAGUUAGCAGUAUUUGCUUUAGUAAAAGGAUAUCAAUGAAAGAUCGCAAAUUUAUUAGCUUAAUUAAAACUCUAACAACUAGAGCUAGGCUCCUACUUAAAACUUUUCAAGCAACAACAAUUCUGAAAGUUAAAGAAUGAACAACAAAGAUACAGUAAUAAAUGAUAAUAAUAUUGUCCAACAAAAUAAUGAGGAGUAUUCCACUAAUGAACCUCAACUAAGUCCAUUGAAUGUUUAAAAUAAAAAUAAAUUUGACAAUACUUCGACUGCGAAAAAAGCCAAAAACAACACUUUAUAAAUGAGUAUUCAAUAGUAAUAUAACUAAUAGUAAAUAUAAAAAACAUACGAAUCACCCAACUUCUUGACCUAACAAAAUCACAAUUGA